ACUUAACAUUUACAUACAGAAAUCAUCUGUUUUCUCAAUACAAUCACUCGAUACUAUUUCACACUCACUCCACUCAUUUUUACCCGCGAUUUCAGUUUGGCUGCUCCAUUAUUAGUCAUGACUUUCAUUCAUAAAAACUCAGCGAACUCGACUUCAAAUAUGUAAAGCAAGCCACCCAACGUAAAAUGAUCGUAAACGCGGAAUUCAGUUGAGCUCCAAUUGUUUUGUGGCUCAGUUAAAUAUGAUGGACAAGAUCUAUAUCUGGAAUGGCAAGAAAAAAAUCAAAUUGUUAAACAACAUCAAUGAAACCGUUAAGAAACUGUGCAACAUCAACGACCAUCUAUAUUUACUCACUUCAACCAAUAAGUUUUACCAUGGAAACAUAGAAAUUGUGGAGGAUGAAGAACAGGUAACAUUUCAACUUUCUGAUGCAUUUAGGCCACAGGACAUUGAUUGCAAAGCUGACACUUUAUACAUUGUUGAUCAAAAUGGCAAGGUAUUGUCAUACAAUGAAGACCUGGAGUUUCAAUCAGAAAUUACACUGGUUGAAGAUGCUAGAACAUGUUUCCAUGGCCACACUGCAUCUCGCUUUAAGAUGAAAGUCAGUAAGAUAUCUGUGGGUGAAUAUGGUGGCUUGUUUAUUACUGAGAAUGGUCAACUGUGGGGGUCAGGUAAUAUGCAUCAAAUAGGCAUUAAUAGCACAACACCGAAAAAAGUAACGUUUUUUGAUAAUCGUUACGUGUAUGCUUGCAAUGUUGGCAAUGAUUUUGCCAUAGUCAUUGUAAGCAAACAAUUGCUGAAUGAUGACACUGACAGUGAUGACUGUGAGGAAGAUGUUUUCAUUUCAAGCUGUCCCCAAUGUUUAUCCACCUCACAGUUGACUUCUCCCAUCUCUCAAUAUUCAUUGUCAGAUAAUUGUCCACUUGGUCUGCCAAUACCUGUUAGCUAUGACAUAGAAACCACUUCAACUAGCAGUAAAAAUGAUAGUAUCAGUAGUAACGAAACGAAGAAAUGCAACGGCGAUUCGAAUGAAGAGUCCAAAGUUGAAAAGAACAUCAUUUUUCGAAACACAGAAGCAGCCAAGGAGUUUCUUACCAGACAAUUCUCAUGGAUGUCUUCAGCUGGGGAAGAGUAUCUGGUGGAAUGUACGGAGAAACCGACUCGCAUCAUCAAGGAAAAUGUCAGUAGCAUGGCGAACUUGGUGUACGAAGGAGUUAAGACAGUUGGUGAUAAAGUCGUGACGUUAUCGCGACAUGUCAGCGGGUCGUCUGAUAACAACGAUGUGCUUGAGAGUCUGGAAGAGAUGCAGUUGCCGCGUGUGACGUCCAAGGAUGAGUUUAUGUGGUCUUUGAGUCAAUGCACCGAGGAGAAAGAUAUGUCCGAGCAGGGAAUUCAUGAAAAGUGUAAUAAUAUUAUUAAAGCUGGGUGCAAUUAUAUUAAUUGCGAAGUUUGGACAUGGGGAAACAUUGUACAUGGACAAUUAGGAAAAACGGCAUUGUUCAACGGAAUUGGCGAUAUCAUCAAACGUGAGCGCCCGAUGAUAAUAACGAAACUAUCGAAUAUUGGUGCACUGAAAGUGAGCGUGCAAAGUUACCACGCUGGUAUUCUCACAUUGGAUGGCAGAGCUUUCUUAUGGGGCAAAAACGAUCAAAAUCAAGUUACCGUCGAUUGCGCCGUGGAUCAAAGUUCACCGCGGUUGUUUUCCACUGAAAGUGGUGAAAGGAUAAAAGAUAUAACUUGUUGUGAUUCGCAUACAUGGCUGCUAACAACUAGCAACGUCACCAAGUAUAUCGGGAAACAUGCGAAUCAAAAGAUCGUUGAUGUUCAUAUGCAGGAACGAAAUGAGAAGACAAAUAGCGACAUGCAGGACGAUCCUCAUUUAGACGAUAAGAUUGCGAAUUAUUUGAUAUCCUGCAAACAAUACUCACUGCUUAAUCACGUUGCGGAUUGCAAUAGUUUUGUAAUGAAGAAUUUGGUUGUCGAGCAAAAAGCACUUGAAGAUAUGCUGACUGUUCAGAGUAAUCUGAUAAAACCGCUUAUGAAAAAGAAUAUUGCUACUGGCGAUGACUCAUUGUACGAUCAACUUUGUCGCGAGUAUAUCGACUUGUUGCACUUCACAGCUGCUAAUGUGAAAAGUUUAAUUGACUUUACAAAUAAUGUAUUGCCUGAAAGCGAUAUUAUUAUGACGAAGUACGUUGAGGAACAUAUCCGAGUAUAUCGCAUCUAUUUGAAUACAUUGCAUAAUGUAAUUUCACUCGGCGGGUGUUCAACAAUUGCCAAAUACCUAGACAUUCCCGUUUGUCUUUAUAAACUGGUUGAUGUACAAAAGCGAGAUAAGAAAGGUGACGAAAUUGUCACAUCGCGACUUUUGGCACACCCAUUGGAUAGACUUUCGUUUUAUGAAAACUUCGUCCAUUUUUUUGUCAAGAAUACUCCAAAAGUUCGCCAUGAUGUCAUGUCCAAAUGGACACUUUUCAUUGAAGAGCAGAAAAAUAAAAAACAGGAAACUAUUCAAACCAAAGAGUUUUGGUUGAAUUCCGGUAAAGUGAUAGAGCAUUUGAAAACUCCGUCUAGACGCCUGCUGCGUGAAUCGCACAAAUUUCCACUAUUCCUGCAAAAUGGCAGCCGCUUCUCGACUCAUUGGUUUAUUUUGUUAACAGAUAUUUUUAUUCACAUGAACGGGUCCACGUGCAAUAUGCACGACUUGCGCACCAUGUGGGUGGAACCACAGCAGGAUAGCGCCAAUAAUCAGUAUCAGAUUAGCUUGAAGAUGCCGGAGGAUACCCUGGAUCUAUAUGCAAAUGAACCAGAGCAGAAGAUUGAGUGGUUUCAUGCGUUGCAGAAUGCGAUUAAAAGCUCAUUGGGGAAGGUUAGUUUACACCAACCACCCGAAGAAAGAAACGCGGAAUAUACUUUUACGAAAAAUGGGUAUUACAAGGAUGCGAAAUACAAUGGCAGAUGGAAGUGCGGAAAAAUGCAUGGAGAAGGUAAACUCGAAUGGCCUGAUGGACGAGUUUAUACUGGACAGUUUCAACAAAAUCAGAUGCACGGUAGAGGUAGAUUGGAUGAACCAAAUAAAGGUGUAUAUAAGGGGCAGUGGAAAGAUAAUCUUCAAAAUGGUUUUGGAAUUUUUAAUUAUUCAUCAGGCGAUGUUUACAAAGGAUGUUUUAAAGAUGGUCUGCCAAAUGGCCAUGGAUGCCUUAGGCAGGGACAUUUUAUGGCACAAAAUGCAUCCAUUUAUAUUGGUGAUUGGCUUUUUGGCAAUAAAAGCGGAUAUGGUGUUAUGGAUGAAAUAACUAUAGGUGAGAAAUAUCUUGGAAACUGGUCAGAUAAUAAAAAACAUGGCAAUGGUACAAUUGUAACCUCGGAUGGCAUCUAUUAUGAAGGAGUUUUUAAUCAAGAUGUACUCAUGGGCCAUGGAAUUAUGAUACUCGACGAUGGUACUCAUUAUGAAGGCGACUUUAAGGGUACAGGGGUACUUAGUGGCAAAGGAGUUUUGACACUGAAAUCCGGACACAUUUUGGAAGGCUCUCUGACUGGAUCGUGGAGUGAAGGAAUCAAGAUAUCUAACGGCGUGUUAUCAUUGCCUAAGUUUGAUCAUGUGGAUGAUAGUCCAAAGGCAUUUGGUACAUACUGUACGCCCGUUGAUCAGAAAUGGAAAGGAUUGUUCAGGCAUUACCAUCAACUGUUGGGUGUACAAGAUAAUACCACCAAAAACAAUGUGAAACUGCCAGAUACCCAUAGAGUGUGGCAGAAUGUAGCUGUUAUUAUAUCAAAUAAGCAUUUUGGCUCAAAUAGUAAAAAUUGUAAAAACUUAGAAAAAUCCAUGAAUAACUUAGACAUGAUACCUGAUUUUGGAAAGGACGGUAUUAACAUGAAGACUUAUAUGGAAAUGAGAAAUUAUUUGCAUAAAGCUUUUGACUGUCCAAGACAUCCACUAGGUUCAUUGUUGAAUGAUUUAACGGCAGCGUACACGGCUGCUUAUGGAUCAAGAGCGCAUGCAUUACUUUUGCCACAUGCGGUGAGGGAACUUCAUUUUGUAACGCAGAGGCUGUACGAUAUUGUAAGGCUGUUGUUUCCCGCACUGCCUCAAUACGGCAAAGAGAUCAUAUUAGACGAGAAAGACGAAUUGUCCGGUACAGUAUCAUGUCAAAUACUUUUGUAUCCGAUCAUCCUGCCACGAGUUCAUUCAACAUUGUUCAAUUUAUACACAUUACGGAACAAGUUUAAAGAUGCAAUGUAUUGGAAACGCCUGCUGGAAUGGAAUAAACAACCCGAUUAUACACUCAUGGCUUUUUUACAUGUUGACCAAAAAUUUAUUAAAGGGUAUGCGGAUGGAAUUCCACUUUCGCCAGGUAACACAAAACGUGACCUAAUGUUUAUUGAAGCUGUGGAAACCUUACAAUCGUUAAUCACGACUUUUUCACCAAUGGAAAAACUUUGUGUUAUCAAACAGACCUUUAAGAAGAUGUCGGAAUGUGUACGCGAACAGCUGGGCGAGAAUUAUAAGUGGAAUAUGGAUGAUCUUUUUCCGCUCUUCCAAUACGUGGUCGUGCGUGCGAGAAUUUUGCAGCUAGGUUCUAUAUUGGAGUUUGUUGAGGAUUUCAUGGAACCAAGUUUAGAAAGUGGUGAGUUGGGCAUAAUGUUUACUACACUAAAGGCUGUCUACUGUUUGAUCACCCAGGAAAAGGUGUCUGGGAAUUGAUAUUAAAACUCGACCCUAAUUGUUGAUAUAUAUUAUGUUUGCAAUAAUGAUGGAAUGAGAAUGAAUAAGGUGUUAACACGGUAGUAUGUCAUAAGUUAAGUGUGAAAACAUAUCAAAGAGAAUUAACGGCAAUAUGAAUGCUGCAAUAUGUAAAAAUAAUUAUUUCGGGUUUGUUAAAUGUUAUUUUAGUGAUGUGUAUGACGUCCAGAUAAUACUGCUUUAUAUUGUACAGACGUAUUUUUAUUCUGUGAUUUGCAUAGAAAGUAAUUUACAGAUACGUAUGAUUAUUUACACCAAAAUAUUUAUAUUUUAAAAUCAUAUUUAUUUACUGUUAUUGAUUAUUUAAUAUAUACCAUAAGAUAAUGUGUCAGUAGGAAAACAUAUAUGUAAAUAGUAUAAACAUGGAAUGUGAACAAAUUGAUUAGUGAUUAAUGUGAUAAAUGUGAAAGUCAGGAAGAAACUAUGCCAUCAUUAAUAACUAAAGAGAAAUAUAUCUAAAUUGUAGAAUUGGUUUGUGACUGGUUAGAACGCAAUAAUCAAGUUGAAAGUUACGAACUUGGAUCAAUGAUGAUGAUUUUAAGUACCUGAACUGCCCAUUUAAUAAUAUCAUUAUAAAUACACAUCAAAGCAGUAUAAACCAAUAUUGUAUAAUGUAUAAUAAAUAUUAUUUACAGGAAUAUAUUAAUGUUAUUAACGUUUAAUUACUUUUGUGUUUGGUUGGUUUAAAGAUUUUGAGUAGUACAUAUUAUUAAUUCCAAAUGCAUACAUUUAUUAUGUUUGAAAUAUUAUUAUAUUAUUUAUUUAGAAAGAAGAAAAUAUACACAGUUUUCUUGUGCUUA